CACGAAUCAUCAAUUUCAAUCUUGCUCAUCUUUCAUCGUCUCCCGUGUCGCAUUUUUCCAUUUGAAGCAUAUAUGGACGCAGAUACAGAUGUCGAUGAAAUAAGAUCAAAAGUCCUCCAGAAUACUCUUGUGGAAGUAGCAUCCUCGCGGAAUCAAACAGAAACCGACAGUUCAAAAGAAACAUGUUGCGUCAUUUGCCUCGAUAAUAUAACCGAGGUUUGCGAGGCCCGGCCUUGCAGCCAUCGGAAUUUCGAUUAUCUUUGCCUCCUUAGCUGGCUCGAGCAGCAGACGAAAUGCCCCCUUUGCAAAAGCAAUAUCGAUGAGGUCUUAUGCGACUUCGAGAGCGAUAAGCCAGACGCGAAGAGUAGAGUAUAUCUGGUUCCCCACCAGAAAGAGCCAUCACAACAAGAGGCCCAGUCGCGCGCUCAAUUAUACCGACCACGAGACACCAUCCCGCGACCGAAUCAUCGUCGAGCCGAAAAUGCGCCUCCCCGACGAGUAACUGUUGACGAGGCAAUCGUCCGUCGCCAACAUGUUUACCGCAACCAAUUAUACUCACUACACGUAGGAUCGAGCCAAAGGUCGGGUUUUCGCGACUUGACCCCGCAGCUUUUCGAAUCCGAUCCCGAAAUGGUAUCAAGGGCGCGGACGUGGCUAAGAAGGGAACUCCAAGUCUUCGAAUUCUUGCGCACGCCGCCCACGGCACAAUCGAGCGAUAACGCGAUGACGAGAAGACGUGCGAAUAAUGCAGAGUUUCUACUCGAGUAUAUAGUUGCGAUUUUGAAAACGGUGGAUAUUCAAGGAAGUCAGGGUCAAGCGGAGGAAAUGCUUAAAGAUUUUCUAGGUCGCGAUAAUACCAAGUUGCUCCUUCAUGAGCUUAAAAACUUCCUCCGUAGUCCUUGGUCAUUAGAAGCUUGGGAUCGUAAGGUCCAGUACCCCACAACAAAGAAACGACCGAUCAAUGAGGAGGAGGAAGUCGAACAGGAAAGUUCCACGCAUCCAAGACGAGUAGGAAGCGGGAGUUCCGACAGAUCAAAACGGUGGGCCGGUGAUUCGUACCGUCCUACAUACUCGAAUCGUCAUCGUAAACGUAUAGAAGCACGUCAAUACAAUCCUGAUUAAAAUAUUAUGCCAUCUCUAGGUUCGUGUCCCAUGAAAUUUCGUAAUCUUAACAUAGAAUUCGAUCACGUAACUGUUUAUCUCAUCAAAUAUACUCGAGUUUCCAAAACAAACAUGCGAAGACAUCCAAACUCUAAGCUAAGAAGAACACAUAUAUUCAAUGCGGCACGUCUACAUACACAAUACUAUCUAUUUCGAUUCUCUACUCGAUGCUUGAAUAUUCUAUCUUAGCGCGUAAAAUUUCUCGACUUCAAUCUCAAGCUUCUUUACUUGUCCGCCGUAAUAUACACGUUGAUGAAUUGUGGAAUCGAAGCCGCUACCUGGCUAUCAAGUCCGAUUCAGUAAAACCCUCGCAUGUCUUAUAAUAAGGGAAACAAACUAGAUACUGCCGUCUCACGAUGACCAAUAUUAGAGUAAGGGCCGGGUUUCAUCAACAGUUCAAUGCGAAGUUCACGAUUAUGGGGACGGAAGCAUGGACAGGGGAACAGGAUCUCAUUGUAAAGAAUGAUGCAUAGCUUCUUUGGAUAUCGGACAUGUUGUCGUUUCAAGUUAGAUGUACUACCUAUGAGAAACAAUAUCAACAUAACCUUGAAAAAAUCCUCCCAUUAUCGCAGCGUGUUAUCUAAAUACCUAGGUACUCACAGGUUCACCAUAACGCGGAGAGUGGGCUGUAGGUGGC